GCGGAAAUAAGAGCAGUGUUCUCCAUCUUUGACAUGGACAAAGAUGGCUACAUAACGAUGGAUGAGGUGGUAGAGGUGCUGCUCAGUAUGGGCAGUCGUCCGUCUCAUGAAUGUAUCGAGGAGGUCUUCGAACAAGUUGAUCUUGAUGGAAACGGGAAGAUUGACUUUGAUGAAUUCUUGUUGUUGGUGAGAAGGUAUGAGAAGCCACUACCUGAGGAGGUUGAAGCUAGAGAAAUGUUCAAGAUAUUUGACCGGAACGCCGACGGGUAUAUAUCGAAGACCGAACUGCACCGGACCAUGUUCGAUCUAGGUAUCCACCUCUCCAGCACUGAUUUGGAUGAUAUGAUGAAGCAGGCUGAUAUCAACAAAGAUGGAAGGAUCGAUUAC